AUGUCGAUGCUAAGCAUAAGUGUAUUGGCCGGCAUUUUAGUGACCAAUACUUCAGGCUACCGAAUACGCCAGAUUGAUCGCAAACAGGUCCAAAACCUCUGCUUUACACAGGUCCUAAUGUUUCUUCUUUGCCUCAUCUCCAUGUGCUUCGUACUAUCGGCAGCGGUCGUCAAAGGCGGUCUUGGCCUCGUGAGUCUCAGCGCCUGUCGCGGAGCAGUCUUUCUCUGUCUCAGUUUCUACAUACUCAGCAAGAUCAUAAUGUAUUUCUUCCUCAUCGAAAGAGCACAUGCACUCCGAGCUCCCUUUAAAAAGAGGUUUCAUGACUGGAUAUGGGUGGUAGGAUUCCUUCUUACAGUCUCCGGGUUUGGGUCCAUUGGCGUGGUAGCUCUCUGGCGCCCAAUCGCUGACAUGUCGGCAAUCGAUGGUCGCUGCCGAAUUGGUAUCCCUCGCUACACCACCAUAUCGCUGGUGUCGUAUGACGUUGGCCUUAACAUCCUCCUCACGCUCGUCUUCGUCUAUCUCCUCAGCCCGCUCAUUCUUUCUGAGAAACACCCGGCCAAGAGAUUUUCGGCGAGUCACUUGACAAUAUGUUUCGGGAAUAUGUGCAGUCGAUCCAAGCCCAGAUCCAGCCUCAUCCAAGCCAACCAAACAAAUCAACAGACGAUGAAGAGGAUGGAAAGACUUCUGUUGAGAACUUUUCUUGGGUCGAUUCUGGUGAUUUUACCUACGGUGGGCAACUUUGUGGCUCUGAGCGUACUAGAGGGGCGUGAGCUGGGUUGGGUUUGCCUGACUGCCUGCACUAUCGAUGUCGUCUGGACAGUGAGUGUCUUUCAUUGGCUGACAAUUGGCUCUACAGGAUCAAGAGAGAAGCCAUCCGCCGAGUAAGUGCUUUAUUGUGGUUUCACCAAGUACUGACUCGGAAAAACCCGGAAGCUGAGUUUUUGGCAGAUACAGCCACCGCUCGCAUCUACAACCCACAGCGAUACACCGCAUGAACACGGCAAGUUCUAAACAAGUGACGUCAUCGGACAUGUCUUCGACCAUGUCGAUCAACGGCAUGAUAUCCAGAGAUUUUAGGGAUCAUGGCUACUCGAGACCAUUAGAGAGAAUCUGCCUCGAAAGAGUGCCCAGCGCCCCAUCCACAAGCUCAAAGU